UGACCGUCGCCCAGGUUGUGUCGGAAGCAUCCUGGUGUUAGCAGUUUGCUAGGCGCUGACAAAAAUUAUAAAGUGAAAUGUAAAAAAUUUUCAUAAUGGACGAAUAUAUUAGUUGGUGACUACUGGUGACAAAGAAGACAAGGAACUACCCAAACUGGCCUUUUCCAACAUGGUCAGUUCGCUGGUAGUUGAAGAGGCCAGUUAACACUGCUAACAAAACACCAGCGGUUAGCUAACGUUCAAACUUUGACGGACAAAUGCAGUCAUUUGCUAGUUAGCUGCUACCGCUACCCUGCCAAUUUACUACCACACCAGCUGGCUAGGUAACACGUCUUGUUAUUAUACGGUAGUUAGCGUUGAAGCUGUUUACACACCGACUAUAACGCGUUGUUUUGACCAGUCGCUUAUAUAACCGAAGGUUUAACGUUAUUACCAAUUAACGUCAGCUAACUUAUGAAUAAUGACUAGUUAUUUAGCUAAUGCUAACAUUAGCAACUUAAACUGUUAGUUAAAUUUCAACUGCAGAUAACACAUACAGUUACUCAGACUACGUAAUUAAUACCGACGAUCAUUGACACAGUAACGGGAAAAAACAACAUCUUCUAAGUAGCAGGAAUAUGAAUCUUCUUUCUGAUUGAUUUCGACCUAUCACAUGAGAUAAAUAAUGCCAAACACCAGGAUGCCAAACGAGUGGGGAUUAAGGUUUGGGCAACAGCAUUGUCUGGAAUACAGCUGUCCGCUCAUUUUGAUAAUCCUUGUCUCCUUCACAAUGCAGCCACAGUAGAUUGUUUUAACUGCUGAGUGUAAAACGCAAAAUCUCGUAAAUAAGAAAACACCAGACAAACCAAUUUCAUCGCAAAGUCUGUAGUCCACUUUUCUUUAAAAUAUGUCUGGGGACGCAUCUGAUAGUAGUGAAGACUCUGAUGGAAAAACAAAUGAAAGGGCCUGUACUGUCAAGCACCAAAUCACCAAUGCUAACUUCACAGGUCACACUGAAAGAGUCGGCAUGGAGAACUUUGAGCUGCUGAAGGUCUUGGGCACUGGAGCUUACGGGAAAGUGUUUUUGGUCAGGAAGAACAGCGGCCAUGAUGUGAGCCAGCUCUAUGCUAUGAAGGUGUUAAAGAAAGCAGCUAUCGUUCAGAAGGCAAAGACAACAGAACAUACUCGCACUGAGAGACAAGUCCUGGAGCACAUCCGCCAGUCUCCCUUCCUGGUUACUCUUCACUAUGCCUUUCAGACUCAGAGCAAACUACAUCUCAUCCUGGACUACGUGAGCGGUGGGGAGAUGUUCACUCAUUUGUACCAGCGGGAUCACUUUCCAGAAGAGGCAGUACGGAUUUAUAUUGGAGAAAUAAUUCUGGCUCUAGAACACUUGCACAAGCUUGGGAUUGUGUACCGAGACAUCAAAUUGGAAAACAUUCUUCUAGACAGUGAUGGCCAUGUGGUAUUGACAGAUUUUGGGCUCAGCAAAGAGUUUCUGGAAGAAGAUAAGGGGAGGACCUACUCUUUCUGUGGCACCAUUGAGUACAUGGCUCCUGAAAUCAUCAGAGGGAAAUCAGGACAUGGCAAGUCAGUAGAUUGGUGGAGUCUUGGGAUCCUGAUGUUUGAGUUGCUGACAGGUGCGUCUCCUUUUACCCUGGAGGGAGAGAGGAACUCCCAAAGCGAGGUGUCAAAACGUAUUUUGCGCUGUGACCCGCCGUUUCCCUCUAUGAUUGGACCCAUUGCUCAGGAUCUGCUGAAAAAGUUGUUGGUGAAAGAUCCCCACAAGAGGCUGGGAUCUGGACCGCGGGGGGCUGAAGAUAUCAAGGCACAUCCUUUCUUCAAGGGACUGAACUGGGAUGACUUGGCACAAAAGAAGGUUGCAAGUCCAUUCAAGCCAGAGCUGAAGAGCGAACUCGAUGUGGGGAACUUUGCAGAGGAAUUCACUGGGAUGGAUCCUGUUUAUUCUCCAGCCAGCACACCCCCGAGCACAGAUCGUCUGUUCCAGGGCUAUUCUUUCAUUGCACCCUCCAUCUUGUUCAAUAAGAACGCAGUCAUGGGAGACUUUGUUGAAACCCAAAUUGGUGCUGACCGACCAGCUUCUGCUUCUGUCCAACGCAGCGCAAUGUUACAGGAAUCCCAGUUUUUUCAGCACUAUGAGCUGUGUUUUCAAGGACCACCUCUAGGCGAGGGUAGUUUCUCUGUGUGCAGGAAAUGCAAACACAAGCAAACUGGCCAUGAGUACGCCGUCAAGAUCGUCAGCCGUAGAAUGGAGGCAAACACUCAUAGAGAGAUUGCUGCCUUGAGGCAGUGUGAGUCUCACCCCAACAUCGUCAAGCUGUAUGACAUCUUUACUGAUCAGUAUCACACAUAUUUAGUGAUGGAGCUUCUGCGAGGUGGGGAGUUGUUGGAAAGGAUCAAGAGGAAGAAACUGUUUGGCGAGGCAGAGGCCAGUCAGCUGUUACAGAGCCUGGUCUCAGCUGUCAGCUUCAUGCACGAGGCUGGAGUCGUACACAGAGACCUCAAACCAGAGAACGUGCUGUUUGCAGAUGAGGGGGAGGACUCUGUGCUGAAAGUAAUAGAUUUUGGAUUUGCUCGCCUGUGCCCUGCAGGCAGUGCCCCCCUGCAGACUCCCUGCUUCACGCUGCAGUAUGCUGCACCAGAGCUUUUCGAGAGUGCAGGAUAUGAUAAAGCCUGUGACCUCUGGAGUCUCGGGGUCAUCCUGUACACCAUGCUCUCAGGCCAGGUGCCAUUUCAGAGUGAGCAGCGUGGAAUGACCUCAUCAUAUGCUGCUGACAUCAUGCAAAAAAUAAAAGAGGGGGAUUUCUCAUUGGAUGGGGAGCCCUGGAAGGGUGUGUCAGAGGAUGCCAAAGAGCUUGUUAAAGGCCUGCUAACAGUGGAUCCAGAGAGCCGUCUCAAACUCUCUGAUCUGAAAGAGAACAGCUGGCUUCAGGGUGGAGCAUCCAUGUCCACCACUCCUUUGUGCACGCCAGAUGUGCUCGAGUCCAGUGGGCCCACUGUCCGCACUUAUGUCAAUGCUACCUACAAGGCUUUCAACCGAGGUAAGCGAGAAGGCUUCUUUCUGAAAAGUGUCGACAAUGCUCCCCUUGCGAAACGACGAAAGAUGAAGAUGACCAGCACAGGAGUAGAGACCCGAUGGAGUUCAUCCUCUUCUUCUUCGUCUUCUUCCACUUCCUCCACUGCCUCUGCAACAGCAUCCAAAACACAGCCAAAGCAAGCCGUGAUCCCAAAGCAGAGCUAGCCUGGCAACAGAACAGGGAGAAAGUGUUACGUGCUUGUACGGUAGCACAACGUCCUCCAGCAGUCAGUUAAAAAAAGCAAAAGCAUACUGACAAAUGAGAACACUGUUUUCACUUCAUGUAAAAUAUAAUUCCACUUUAA